AUGGGAAACUUUAAUUCAGUGCUGCAUGCUGAUGAUAGAGUGGGAGGAAAUCCUGUAAGCUUGGCUGAAAUAGUAGAAUUUCAACAGUGCAUAGAGAAAUGUGAGUUGCUUGAACUGCCAACCAGUGGGAGCAGGUAUACAUGGAAUGAUAGACAUGGAAACAACAAGAUCCUAUCAAAAAUAGACUGGGUAUUCAUUAAUACAACUUGGCUCAAUUUAAUCCCAGCAUAUAUGGCUUGCUAUCUUGAGGAAGGAAUAAGUGACCAUUGCCCACUAAAGCUAUCAAAUGCUAACUCACCAAGGAGGGCAAAAGCUGCUUCCAAAUUCUGUAAUGUUUGGGCCUCUCAUCCAAACUUUAAAGAUAUAGUCAAUGAGGGAUGGAAGCAGAAAGUUGAGGGAUGUAGUAUAUUCAAAGUGGUUAAAAAGCUGAAAAUGAUGAAGAAGGAAUUGAGGAUGUUGAAUAGGAGUUAUUUCAGCAAUAUUAUUGAAGAAGCUGAUGCAGACAAAAUGGCUUUGGCUGCAGCCCAAGCAGAACUUCAUAAAAAUCCAGUGGAUGUUGAGCUACAGUUAGUAGAAAAUCAGAAGUUCAAAAAAUUCAAGAGAUCAUCCUACUUGGCAGAGGUAUACCUUCAACAAAGGAGAAAAGCUACUUGGAUCAAGCUGGGAGAUGAUAAUAAUAGAUAUUUCUUCUCAGUAAUUGUGAGCACGUGA